CAGCGCCAUCGUGGAUCUGCUGCGCGUCUCCGUGCGUCUCAGCGCAUCAGCGCCGCCUCCUCGUUCUCUUUCGCUUUUGGAGCGAAAAUGGAGAAACGCAGCACAGACUCACAAGUCAAAGGAGUCAGCACAGGGACCACCAUCCUGGCUGCCGUCUAUGACGGGGGGGUCGUGAUUGGUUCAGAUUCCAGGGCUUCAAUAGGAGGGGACUAUGUGUCAUCUAAGACGAUUAACAAGCUGAUCCAGGUCCACGACCGGAUCUUUGCCUGCAUAGCCGGCUCACUUGCCGACGCUCAGGCCGUCACCAAGGCUGCAAAGUCUCAUCUGUCGUUCCACAGUGUGCAGAUGGAGACGCCUCCGCUGGUGGUCGCUGCAGCAUCGGUGCUGAAGGAGCUGUGCUACAGAAACAAGGAGGAGCUGCAGGCCGGGUUCAUCACCGCGGGCUGGGACAGGAAGAACGGGCCACAGGUUUACGUGGUGUCUCUGGGUGGGAUGUUAAUCAGUCAACCCGUGACCAUCGCUGGCUCCGGCAGCACCUACAUCUACGGAUACGUAGACGCUAAAUACAAACCCAACAUGAGCCGAGAGCAGUGUCUGCAGUUUGCCACCAACGGUACUGAUGCUCUGGCUUUAGCGAUGGGCAGAGACAACGUCAGCGGGGGUGUGGUCCACCUGGUGGUGAUCACGGAAGAAGGCGUGGAGCACGUGGUCGUACCUGGGGACAAGCUGCCCAGGUUCCACGACGAGUGAUGAGCUUCAUGUUGUGUGAAAUUCAGAAAUAGGACUCAGGAGUCAGAUGGAUGAAACACUGCUAAUGGAACCAUUGCGCUGAGUUGAGUUGUUAACGCAAACAACCUGAGGCUAAUUUACACCAUGCUAAAGAAACUCAAAUGGGGUUGAUGAUGAAGAGUUAUUUGGUCCCUUUGUUUGUCUCGUUCAUUAUUUUUAUUUCAAAGAAAAUCAUAAAAUUAAACAAACAUGUUUUAAACCA